GUAAAAUCAAUGCUUCUCGUCUUCGUGCACUAUUCAAUCUACUUGAUUCAUUCACUUGUUCACGUAUUGUACUCAAUACAAAUGGAAGUCGAGCUUUACGUUUAUUCUCAUUGGAAUUUGCCAAAAUUCAUUCACUGCCAAUUGUAAAUCAACCUGAAGAUAUUGGUUUAAUGAUUACAGGUUUGACAACACGUCUAUUACUGUUUGAGCGUAGUCGUGUUACAGAUCGACCUGAAAUUGAACCGAAUUUUCAUAUAUUUUAUUAUUUAUUAGCUGGACUGGAUGAUGAAUCAAGACGUGAAUUAUUCUUAACUGAUUUAGACGCGCCAAAUUUGUUUAUGACUCGUCUACACAGACCGGAAGAUAAAGAAUCCGCUAAAAUCUAUUGGAAUCAAUUAUGUCGUGAUGCUGAACAGUUAGAGCUGAAUAUCAAAGAAGAAUGGUUAACUGGUGGAUUGGCACGCCUACUUGCUGUUAUCUAUCAUUUAGGUUGUGCUGGUUAUUGUUGUCAUCAAGAUGUAAAUAGACCACCUGACAGCGUAUUUAUUUAUUUUACAAAUUAUGAAGCUGCUCAACGUGCUGCCCACCUAUUGAAUUGUUCACUGGAGACAUUGAAUGAGCUUGUCUUUGAACCAUUUUUACGCAAACUUGUACGUAAUGGUGGUGGUGGUGUCCAUCAUGAUGAUGGUGAUCAGUAUUCAGGGAAUUGGACUAUUAAAGAUUGCUUGUAUGGAUUUGUUCAAGAACUUUAUCAUUUAGUUGUAGAUAUAUUAGUCUGUCUAAUCAAUCGGUGUUUGUCUACACCAAAAUCAGAUAUACCUAACAAACUAAAAGUUGCAGCUCAAUUAAUUCUAGUCGAUCCCGUUGGCUUACAAAUUCCACAUUCAACAUCAAUGCCACCAUCAUCAUCCUCAGGAUCACCUGGAAUAGAGAAUAGCGAAAACCAGAAGUCAGGCAAUUUUCCUGAUUUAAUAUUCAAUUAUGCUUAUGAACGAUUGAGUCAAUUAUACUUUGAUAGUACAAUAAUGCUGGAUGAACAACGUUUAAAACAUGAUGGUUUAACUUCACCUGUACCAUAUGAGAAUUUCUGUCGUACAAAGAAUAUUUUAAACUUCAUCGACAAUACAUCAUUUAUUAAGAAUCCUAAUAUAUACUCAACUAAAAAUGCUACUGUGAACAACAACAACAGUAAUAAUAAUAAUGAAAUGUGUAAUUUUAUGUUUCCUGGAUUAUUUUCCUUAUUGGAUUCAAUAUCUCAAAAUGGUGAAUUAUCUCAAUUAUCAGAUUUAUUAAGUCAUAUGUAUCAAAUACAACGGAAACAGUAUGAAAAUCGAGAUUUACGUAUUAUUCGUCGAUUUAAGCGUGCUGAAUCAUCCUUUGUAUUAAAUCAUAACUUGUCUACAACGCCUAUUCAGUAUACACCAGCACACAAUUGGUUUGCACCUUAUCAUCGAUCGAAUUGUCGUAGAAAGCUGAUCUAUUUAUUAGGACAAUCCCCGCUUGCAUCUCUGCGUAAUCUUGUCAGUAUGUUAGAUUGUAAAGAGGAUUAUUUAAGCUCUUUCAUACCAUCGAAUCGAAGUCAUAUUGGUGUUUGUUCAGAUGUGAAAUCAACCAUGGAUACCCUGAUUCGUUCUCUGUAUGAUUGUGCUGCUCAUAAUGCUUCAUAUAAUCCUAAUGAUCCUGGAUCCGGGUUUAAUGAUGGUGGCCCACCGAGUGGUAUGCAUUGGAUUCAUUGUUUCUUACCAGUAUCAACAGCUGGUCUAUGUCAAUUGAAUGAAGAGAUUCCAAUUGAUCAGUUAAUUCAAAAGAAUUCCUCCUCUGAAGACUAUACUACUACUACUACCACUACUACGAAUACUACUCAUAAUAAUAAUAACAACAGUGAUAAUCAUGCGGAUAGUAAUCAUAUGCUCAAUGAAAUGAAUCAUCAUAGUAAUAAAUCAACUUCAUAUUUACAUGAAUUAAUGAAACGUUAUCCAAAUAAAAAUUUAGUAUUUAGUCCAGCACGUAUCUGUGUGAAUCUAAUUCGCUCACAAAUUCGUGGAAUAGAAUUAAUCAGUACCCUGCAAUCGGUUAAAUUAAGCUAUCCUGAUCGUUUAUCACUGAAAGAAUUUCGUAAUCGUUUCAUCUCUUUAUUGCCUGUUGAUUCAAAGUUAAAUGAAACAGAGUAUCAUGGUUCAUUGGAUAGAGUUGUGGCUAGUGAAAUUUUGAAUUCAUUGCAUUAUGCUCCGGAGACUUAUCAACUUGGUAGCAGUAAUAUAUACCUUCGUACAUUUAUUAUUCCUCAACUUGUUCAUCGGUUGGCAAGUUCUGCAGGUCUAUCUUCUGAACAAGAAUUGAUACAGGUUCAGACUGCUUGUCAAUCAUAUAUAACGGAUUAUUGUGAAGAACCAAGGAUAUCAGCCAGCAGUGUAUCUCCGUGCUCAUUGUCUAAACAACAUUCAAAAGCUGUUACUUUGCGUAAAAGCCUUGAUAUACAUGAAAUUCAAGCAGCUGGAUCACCAGUUGAUUUUAUAUCACCGAUGCAAAAAGAAAUUAUUAUGAAUGGUGGACGAGCAUCAGUUCCUGUAAUGAAAUCAGAAGAUAAUAAUACUCUUGACAGUAAAAAGUCGAAUGAAGAUAUCGAAUCGAUUGCUAUUGAACGUGAAGUACAGUCUGCUCAUGGUUAUGAAGAGAAUGACAAGGAGAAGAAGGUGAUCGAGAAGACGUCUACUGAGUUGAAUAAGGAAAUAACGUUAAAUCGACGUGGAAAAGUUUCAGUGUCAAUAUCAAGGGAGAUGAAUGAUUCGGAACCAUGGGUAGCCGGUUCCACUAUACUUUAUGGUUCUUCUGAGACUAUUAAACGUGAUGAACAGAAUUCUGAGACUGCUAAAGAAAUAGUAUUAAAGCCAAAUACACCAAGUGUGAUGGAUAAAGAAAUUUAUUUAAGUAGUAAACCGCCAUCUCAGUCGUCCCUAAACACUAAUAUUGAUUCUGAAAGAAAGGUGAAUAUCCAACCUGUGUCAGCUUCAUUGGAACCAGUGAAAAACGACUUGGAUUAUCAGGAGAAAGACAAAGAGAAUAAACGAAAGAAAGUUCAAAAUAUGGGAUCUUUUUCAUCUGAUUAUGAAAAUGAAAAACAGACGAAUAAUGAAAACUCUAAUCACAAUACAUUGUCACCAUCAAAAUUGAAAGCACAAUUGAAAGAAAGUGAAGAUGAACUAACACAAUAUAAACGUCUAUACACUGAAGCAUUGAAAAGUAUUGAAGACUUGAAAAAUUCAUCAAAUGAUUUAACUGCACAAUUGUCAUCGCUUACAACUGAGAAUAUACGUUAUAAACAGGAUUGUGAUCGGGCUAGAGCUGAUUUAGAAUUGGCUGAAGAGAAUCGUCUACAAGCUGAACAACUUGUCAAGGUGAUCAGUACAAAGUUGGAGCUAGCAGAAAAACGACACUUAUUAUUAUUAGAAUCUGUAAAGAAGACUCAAGAGAAAGAUGAUGGUGAUAACGAUGGUGAACCAACAUCAACAACAGACUAUGCACUUUUAUACCCGAAUGCUCCAGAAGACCUAUUAACCCUGGUGAAUAAACUUCGAUCAACUAAUCAUUCUUUAACACUACAAAUUACUGAUUUACAAAAUGCACUAGAUGAUUUAAAAAAAGAGCUGGAAACUACUCAUGGCGCUCAGUUGAAAGCGGAGAAAACAAUUGAAAAGUUACGUGCUGAUUUACUUCGUGUACAAGAUGAACAUGAAACAGAUUAUGAAGCGAUGCGUAGUGCUAAUCAAGUUAAAAUGAGACAAUUGGAAGAGACGUUAGAGGGCGUAAAGCAAGAGAAUGCUCGGUUAACUAGAGAGAAACAUCAGUUGGAGCUGGAAAUAUCAGUGUUGAAUACAGAGUUAGCAAAUGCUACUACUUCUAAUGAUGAUGAUAUGGAACGUAAGUUGUUAAAAGAGCUGAAAUUAAUGAAAAAUCUUCUCGCUGAAAAAGAAGUCAUCAUUGUUCAGUUAACUUCUAAUUGUGAUGAUUAUAAAGAACAAAUUAGAAAGUUACGUGAUCGGAUCGAUGAAUUAGAUGAAUCAAACGACAAAACAAAUCGUCAGAAACGUCGUCAACAAAGCGAACUGGAGGAGACGCAACAACAAUUGACAAGUGCACUUCGUACUCAAAAACGGUUUGAAGAAGAGCUGUCUCGUUUAAGACGUCAACUUAAUGAGUUAGAAAAUCAAUUAGCUGAUCAAGAAGAUGCGCAUAAAGAAACUCGUGAUAAACUGACUGUCGCUUUAGCUGACAUCACUGUGAAUGAGGCGACAAUUCAAGCACAAAUGGAAGAAAUUAAUGCAUUUCUUAUAGAAAGAAAGAAACUACAAGCGCAAAUAGAUGAGCUAAAAUUAGAAAUUAAUACAACUAGUAUAGAUCAGGUUCCUCGGAGUGAAUUAGAACGCUUAGAAACUAGAAUACGUGAACUGGAUCAACGUUUAGAUAGUGAAAUCACCAAUCGUACACGUAUCCAAUAUUCACUUGAUCGUGCCAGAGAAUCAAUUGAACAGUUAACUAAUGAACGUGAUAAACUUAUCUCAUCUGAGGCUAGUGUACGUGAACAAAAUCGUAAAUUAUCCCGGCAACUUCGUUUAGCCCAACAAGAGGAGAGUGAAGCAACACGAAAAGCAACAAUGGCACAAAGAAGAGUUGAAGAAGCUCAAUUCGAUGUGCAUAAAGCAUUAGAUGAUGCUGCAUGUUCCCGAGCUGAAAUGAAUGCAUUACAAAGACGUAUACAAGAUUUAGAAGCUUACAUUAAUAAGGCGAAACAUUUGAAAUUAGCUGGUGAUGCUGAUGAUGAUGACGAUGAUGUUGAUGUUGAUGGUGAUGAACUUGGAUUAUAUGAUUCAUCAGGUGGUGAUGAUGUUAUUGGUCUACGAAAAUUGAAAGGAUCUCAAGAUUUGAUAUUACGUUCAACUUUAAGUCAAUCUUAUUCUAGAUCCUCUGCAGAAUAUUCUGCUUAUGGUUGUUGUUCCGAUGCUGAAGACGGUGUGAAUGGUGUCGGUGUCGGUGACGUUGAUGGUGAUAUACCUAACAAUCAUGAUAAUAAUCAUUGCCUAACAGAAAGAAAUGAGUCAAGAUGUCCUACUGUCUCUACUACUACUACUACUAAAAAUAGUAAUAAUAGUGGUAUAAACACUAACAAUCAUAAUAAUAAUAAUAAUGGUAUUAGCAAUGAUGGGUUGUGAGAAUUCGCCAACUUUCUUCUUCGUCUUCUUCUUCUUGUUCGCCAUCUUAACCAAUUUCAACACAUUCCACCUUCAGAAUUAAUUGUCUUGUUUUAUUAUUGUACUGGUCAUCAUACUGUAUAUACAUACAAAUGCAUAUAUAUAUAUAUAUAUAUAUAUAUAUAUAUCAAUAUGGGUGUUCAAUAUUCAUUAUUCGUAUCAACCAAACAACCUACACACUUAAAUAAAUAUCACGCUCUUUCAUAACUUUUAAUGCUUAUCUAAUCAACAGUAUUAUUAUUAUUAUUACUAUUAUUAUUAUUUCUAUACAAAUGAAGAAUGUGUGUUUAUUAUAUAACGUCAGGUUAAUUUUUCUGAUUUGUGUUUAUCAAUAUUAUUAUUAUUAUUUUAGUAUUACGGUUAUUAUUACUAUUAUUAUUAUUUAUACAUAAAUGAAUAUAUGUGCAAGUU